AGUGUGAAUUUGAUUGGCUGAGCGGGUGCGUCCAUUUCCACAGCCAUUUCCGGGUCCGGUAGCAGUUUAUCACCCCGUGGCGAGUCUGGAGCGUUAGAAGGACAUCACUUAAUAUUUAUAAACGGCGUAAUGCUGUCGGAGGUGCUCCAGGUAGUGCGGGGUGCUGGCAAGGUCGGUGCUGCCUUCGCCACGACGCAAGCAGAGCAGCUGCGGUUGAUAGCCUGCAACUCGACGCUGGGGUCAGGACUCAAAAUUGCCCAGGAUGCAGUUGGGGCCUGGACGGGUGCCAUGAUGACACAAGACAAGACACCCAAAUCUGAGGAGUUCCCAGACACUGAAGGAUGGGACCAGAUGGAGGAACACGAGGCAGCCAAAUGGGCCGUGGGCUCGGAGCUCGCGUCAGAUAUUUCCAGCAAGGAUGACAUUUACGAUCCUACAGGAACAGCCAAAGGAACGGCAGCGGGAACCGGAUGGCCUGGGCAAAGUGCUCGGUUCUUACACGUCACAGCGCCUCGUAAUCACGCCAGGUUCGUUCAUGACUCUGUAGUGGCCAGGCUGAGUCCAGAGGACAUCAAAAAGGCCCGGGAGGUUAAACAGAGCACGGCCCGGCCCGUUCGCCAGAAGCUAAAUGAGCGAGCCAGAGAAAGGAAGGUUCCUGUCACGCGGAUUAGUCGACUUGCAAAUUUUGGGGGUUUAGCUGUUGGACUCGGUCUUGGUGCCAUUGCUGAAGUAGCAAAGCAGUCUUUUGGAGGCAGAAAAACAGAUACCGGAGCUGUGUUAGAUUCUCCGCUCCUGUCCGAGGCCAACGCUGAGAGGAUUGUUAACACGCUGUGUAAAGUGCGAGGCGCAGCGCUCAAGAUUGGACAGAUGCUGAGCAUUCAGGACAACAGCUUCAUUAAUCCACAACUACAGAAGAUAUUUGAGAGGGUCAGACAAAGUGCGGACUUUAUGCCAGCCUGGCAAACCAGCAAAGUUCUGGAGGAGGAGUUGGGCCCUGGCUGGAAGCAAAUGCUGUUGUCAUUUCAGGACAAACCCUUUGCAGCUGCCUCCAUUGGUCAAGUGCAUCUUGGCGUCCUGUCAGAUGGGAGAGAAGUGGCUAUGAAGAUACAGUAUCCAGGAGUGGCCGAGAGCAUCAAGAGUGACGUGAGCAACUUGAUGUCCGUGUUGAAGAUGAGUGUGCCGCUGCCUGAGGGUUUAUUUGCAGACAGCAGCCUCGAGGUCCUUCACAGGGAGCUUUCCUGGGAGUGUGACUACAGGCGAGAGGCGAAGUGUGCCAAGCGCUUCAGGGCUCUCAUGGAAGGAGACCCGAUAUUUAAAGUACCUGAGGUCAUCGAUGAGCUCACCACCGGGCGCGUGCUCACCAUGGAGCUUAUUAACGGAGUCCCACUGGACAGCUGUGUGGAUCUGGAUCAGGAGACCAGGAAUAAGAUUUGCUUCAGCAUCUUGAACUUGUGUCUCCGAGAGCUUUUUGAGUUUCGCUUCAUGCAGACGGACCCCAACUGGUCCAACUUCUUCUACAAUGCCGAGGAGGACAAGAUUUACCUGUUAGACUUCGGAGCUUGCCGAGAAUACCCAGAGUCCUUCACUGAUGACUACAUUGAGGUGGUGCACGCGGCCUCAGUGGGAGAUCGGGCCAGAGUUCUGCAGAAAUCCACAGACCUGAAGUUCCUCACUGGCUAUGAGACCAAGGCGUUUAAGGACGCUCAUGUGGAGGCGGUGAUGAUCCUGGGAGAAGCGUUCGCCUCUUCAGACGCCUUCGACUUCAGCACUCAGAGCACGACGCGUCGUAUCCACAACCUGAUCCCGGUGAUGCUCCGUCACCGGCUCACGCCUCCUCCGGAGGAGACGUACUCGCUGCACCGCAAGAUGGCCGGCUCCUUCCUCAUUUGCUCCAAGCUACAGGCACGAAUUCCCUGCCGAGAAAUGUUCCUCAGCGUCUAUAACACUUACAAACAGCGGCGUGGCGCGCGUGCAGGCGGAGAUUAGACUCAGCGCAGGAAAACUACGUCUGCAGUCCGGGAUGUCGAGGUAGAGGAUUCUGGAUGAACUGGGGUUUGAGAAUUUUUUUUUUUUUUUUUUUUUUUUUUUUUUUUUAACUGAGUAUCCUGACUGAAUCAUAAAUAAAGAUGAAACAUAUUUGUGUGUAUUAUGUUUUUUUUUUUUUUUUUAAAAAAUGUUUUAUGCCCAAGAAGAAUUUAUUCAGUUCUGAGCAGUUUGCUGUUCUGUAUUUAUUCAGCGUGAUUAUCUGUGGGAUUAUAUUCUAUAUCUUAGAUUUCAUACACAGACCUCACAGUUACAGCCACUUUGGGAAAGGCGAUGAAUUUUAUUUUUAUUUAUGUUUGUUUUUUUUUGUUUUUUUUGGCAAACCAUGUAACAUUCUUUGUUUAAAAAUACCUACAUUUUCCUCCCUUUUUUUCUAUUUCCCCAUCACUUCUCAUUCUCGUUUCCUUCUUUUGCUUUCUUUUUCUUUCUUUCUUUCUUUUUCUUUCUACCUGAUUUUUAUUCACCUUUAUUUCCUUUAUCUUCAUCUCUUCUUCCAUUGCCAUUUUCCUGGACUUUCUUUCUCCUAGUUUUUCUUUUUUCCUUUCCUCCCUUUAAAUUUGUUUUCUAUUUCUCACUUUCUUUCUUUCUUUCUUUUCAUUUUUUCUUUCAUUUUCUGCUUUUCUACCUCAUUUUCUUCUUGUCUUUCUUUCUCCCACUUUUCACUUUUUUCUUCCAUCCUUUUUUUCCUUUUCGUUUAUUUUUUUCUAUUCCUAUCACUCCGUUCAGAUUUUUCCUUUUCUCUCAUUUUCUUUGAUAUUGUCACUUUAUUUCCCUUCUUCUUUUCUGCUUUUUCUCAUUGUUUCUCAUUUUGACACUUUCCUUCGUUUUUCUGCUUUUCUAAGAUUUUCUCUCAUUCACCCUUCUCUCAUUGUCUCUCCCAGUUUCUUUCUUUCUUUCUCUGCCACUUUUCCUCGACUUUCUCUGUCCUACUUUUCCCUUUUUUUCCUUCCAUCCUUUCUUCCAUUUUCUUUUAAUUUUUUUUGCUGUCACUCAUCACAGCAUUGUGUAUUUCUUUCAGGAAAUAUAAGUCUAGUUAAGAAGUGAGUUAGAGGGAGCCGAGUUUGCACUCGCAGAAAGAACGACGAGUUUCUUUCUACUGAACAUCCAGAUUAACGUUGAGAGAGACUGAGAAUGAAUCUCAGAGUCUUACGACUUUUUCUUCCAUUCAGCUUCAGUAAGCGCUUUAUCCUGCUCAGGGUCGCAGUGGAUCCGGAGCCUGUCCUGGGAACGCUGGGUGCGAGGUGGGAAAACUCCCUGGAUGGGAAACACGUCCAUUCAAUCCAUGUACUAGCGUUUAGUUUUUGGGAUGAAACUAGAGAACCUCAGAGGAAACCCAGAGAAUCGGGAGCUCUGGAGACGGCAAUAUAAGUAAAAUCAUGUUAUGUCCUUAAUUAUACUUGUGUAUGGCUACGUAAUUGUGUUCAUAUUUGUACAGUUAUACAGUUUAAUGGUUGGGAAAAUGUCAAGAGUUUCCUGGUAAUAAAAAGGUCUGACCUUCGGA